AUGCUCUCUUUCAAAUCCCACUCAGCCGCACCAGACCACUCUUUCGAGCUUCGAGACACUGUCGACUGGAGCGUAGGAUGCGUCCGGACGCUCGAACAGCAUGCGGAUGUGGUCGCUUUGGCUUAUGAUCCUGUCACCAGCUUGCUUGCCUGUGGAACGACGAAAGGAAUCGUACGAGUGUUCGGCGCGCCCGGUGUCGAGAUGGACGUGAAACUUCCACAACCUGCAUCGGGUCAGGCUGGCUUUAAGUUUCUUCAGAUUGCGUGCAAUGUCUCGAAGCUCCUUUGUAUAGAUGAGAAGAAUACCCUGUAUCUUUGGGAUCUUAGUGCGCCACCAGGAGUGUCGCUGAAGUUGGAAGCUACUGUGCAUUUCGAGGAUCCCGUCAACUCUAUUGUGCUAUCCCCUUCGCAUACCCAUGCCUUCCUUGCUCUCGAAUCAGGAAAAAUCAAGACGUUCGAUCUGCUUUGUAAGAAGACAUCGCCAUACACAGUGCCGAAUGCUUGGAAACUGUUUGAGGAGAAGUUGGCAGCGACAGGGAUGGCGCUGGCUAAGUCUGAUCCUGUUUCACAGGUACCGGUGGAUGUGGCUAUUCAUCCGCGGAAUUUGAACCAGUUGUUUGUAGUCUAUGGAGGUGGAGUCGCACUAGUAGAUCUGCGAGAGAAGGCCACCAUCCGAGAAUACCAACUCGUCGUCCCUGCUGGAGCACCUGGUGGCGAAGGCUACUCAAGCCCAGGUCUUCUAACCCACCGACAUCCCUCCGUAACGUCCUUCACUAUCCACCCCUCGGGUCACUUCUUCGCCGUUGGGCAUAUCGACGGCUCCAUCGCGUUCUGGGCCGUCGAGGACCAAGACCAACCCCUCCUCGUCCGAACGCUAGAUGACCUCGACGUCAAUGUCGUCGAUGGUGAUGCCCUCGAUGAACAUUUUCCCAGCGGAGACGCCUCCCAAAAACGUACACCUCAUCGCGGAAGAGAGCCCAUCUUCAAACUCACAUGGAGUGGAUUCCCUAACUCAUCUGACCCUCGCGGAGGAGAAACGUCCCUCGUUAUCCUUGGAGGCCAGUUAGGCGGUGACGCUAACGGUGUCAACGUCCUCUGGCUUCCAGCCUUCAAUCCUCCUGAGCCUCCCGCAACUGCAACCCAGUCGCAUGGUCUACAUCCACACUUUCGAAACGCCAUGCGCUCAUCACUCGACCCUGUGAAUGCUCACUUCUACGCUACAUCUGGAGUGACACAGGAUUUCCUGCUCAUACCCAAGGAUACCCCACAUUUCGGUGGGACAUACGGUCCGGCAGACAUCAUCUUCAUCGCAGAAGGAGAGCACGGUUCCCGCGCCGUCGAAGCUUACGAGUUCCCUCCACUCGAAUUUCUCGCCCCACCAGAAUCCGAGGCCCAAAAACUGAGAAUGAAGCUCCCACCGCCCCCUUCCGCUAUGGAAUCUGGCCAGGACGACCAUGACGCUGCCAUGGAGGCGCUGACUUCAGAUUUGGAGUCGACGUUGGAUAGUAUGCAGAUUACACAUGAGCCUCGGAAGUCGGACUUGCCGGUUUCGCUCUGGAGUGGACCGAAUGCGAUGGUGAGGGCUGAGUUAGUGGCGGUGGAAAAGGCUGGGUAUGAGAGGUUGUUGGAGGGAUUGGAGCAUGAGACGUUGAAGUUGCCGACGAAGGGAGGGGUUUCGGUUCCGGAUGAGGACGUGCUCCAGGAUGCUAAAAUGACCAAGUUCGAACCUCGCCGGAUUAUCGUUACCCAAAAUAAAGACAUGACCAUCCGAUUCCUGGAUGCCUCCGUUCAGCUCCUCACACUCAGCGGCUCACCAACGCUGACCACACCAUUCCCGAACCCACUCCAUGCACUUACGAUUGAUGUCAUGGCUGUGCUCACCUCUAUUCUACAAACAUCUUCCGCAUUCAUAAAUCAAGCUCGAAUAGAGCGUGUUAUCUUCACGACAGAAGCGUUGGAGGUCGCUGUCGUACUGGUCAGUGGAGAGGUCAUUGUGUAUAGGUUGCACGAUGACGCACAGUCCGAUAUCAAAGGGGUUCAGAUGGAGGAGCCAUUUAUACACCUGGGACAUGUGAACGUAGAGAAGGGGCUGAGGUUCAGGCCUGCAUUUAUGAUAAACUCCUCGAUUCCGACCUCUGCAUGUACGAUGUGUGAUGUCGGGUUUAUGGCAGUAGCGUAUACGGACGGUUCUUUGUCCGUUGUGAAUAUGCGGGGGCCCUCUACGAUUCUUCACGUGGAGGGUGAUACGGACCAUAAGUCGAAUCAUCGGCAUUCGCUCCUCAACAAAUCGUCCGGAGUAGAUCCUAUCGGCUCCCUCAUCUGGAUAAUAUGCUCUACUCGUUCAGAUCGUGCUCCCCGACUUCGUCUCAUGGCCACACGUGAAUCAGGCCAUACCAGUACAUACACCCUCUCGAGAUCAGACCACGGAUCCUGGUCCAUCACUGCUCCUCCAAAAGAUAGUCAAAUCGAGACCGUAUCCCAUCCACUCCAGAACGGCACAUUCAUCAUGGACGCACGAACCGGCGCACCCUGCAAAGCUGACCGGAACCGUUUCUCCAUCGCUCUACAGUCCGGACCGCCUAUCAGCAGUCCCACUCCGAGUAUCAGAACUAGAAAAUCCAGCGAUGAAGACGAGGGGCCUCAAACAUUCAUGAUCAUUGCGGGCGCAAAGGGUGUACGCUGUUUUGCCGAUUUAGGCGAGGAGAAGGUGUCAAAGGCGGAUUGGGGGAGUAAAGCGGGGAGGAUAAUGGAGGUUCAGAUCGUCGGACGGAACGCUUCGUAUGCGCUCGUGGCGUUUACGGAGUCGCAGGACGUCUUGGUUUAUUCGCUCCCUGCCCUGGAACAUAUGCAUACCUUCCCUAUUCCCUUUUCUUCUCCCCCUUCUGCUUCUUCGUCGAUACCGCCAUCAGCAGACAUCACGGGCGAUUUUUUCACUUUCACUCCUCUCGACCCGUCGAACGAGAACUCGCCGAUUACGGCCAUGCACAUAAACACCCUCUUCAAUAUCCGACGCGCCUACCACGUUCCGCUCGUCUCCCUGACGGAGGGUUAUGCGGCAGGUAAACCUAUACCUCCUCAGCCACAGCCCGUGGGAUUAGGGCCUGCAGGUUUAUUCAGCGGAUUGGCGUGGCUUGGGGGGUAUGUGGGACAGGCUGAGGUCGCCAUGACGGGGGAGCAGGUCGAUGCGUUGCUGGCAGGCCCAAACAGAGUGAUACCUGAGCGACCACCACCGAGGGUAGCAUCGGGAAGUAAAUAUAAUGAAUGGCAGGCGGGAAGCAAAGCUUCGAACGCUGCUGCUUCGGCGGGUCGGGCGCAGGGAGACUUGUAUAAUCGGUUGCGUGCUGCUGUUUCGGAGAGAGGGGAGAUGCUGGGUGAUCUGCAGGAGAGCUUUAAUUCGUUGGAGGAGGGGAGUAAGAGUAUGGUGGCGCAGGCAAAGAGACUGGCCACUCAGCAGACUGCCAAAGGCUGGUUCUCGUUCAAGUGAAAGUACUGUCAGAUUUGACCCCAUUGUAAGUUGCGGUAUUUGAGAAGUCGUGGCGGUGUGUAGAGCUCUUCGACCUUGAGACGUGUAUCAUCACAGACAUAUGUCAUACGAGUAUUGUUGUACAAGAACCAU